AUGGCGGAAACAAACAGCAAGAGAAUCCUCCUGCUGACACUCGUUGUCGGCUUGUCCCUCUUCCUGCUCAAUGUGAUCUUCGUUGGCACCUUCUAUGUUUGCAUGCAGCAGCGCAAAGACCGACACAGCGAUGGCAUUCUAGUCGCGGCCGCCGACGCGGACAACGGAAGCACGAGUGAGUUCUUGUCUCAAGCUCGACUCUUGCCACUUUUUUUCGCCAAAAUUUUGGGCCAGAACACAUACAAAUUGCUAGCUUCUCCUUCAGACAUAUGGAUUUUCGGCCUUAUUUCUGCAUUGGCCACACAGAUCGUUUAUUUUAUUAUGAAAAAAUGUGCAGAACUUUUAAUCAGAAUUAUAUUGCAGAAGGUACAAUUAACAGAAUUGACUUAUCUAGGCUUUUACCGUCAGUCAGACGAGAGGGGACAGGUAAACCACGAAAGCCUGAAGUAG